AUGCCGUGGCUUCUGAGCAAGAAGCGACGGCAGUCGCCAUCCAGCAGCCCCAGUGGGCAGCCCUGGGCUGCCCCCAGCUCCACCAGUGCCUCCGAGCUCAGGGAGAAGGGGCUGGGCAGGCUGCACCGCGCGGCCGCCCGCGGCGACCUGGCCUGGCUGAGGCGGUGGCGCUGGUUUGUGAGGGCAGUUGGCAUCGACAGGCGAGACCAGGAGAUGCGGACACCUCUGCAUCUCGCUGCGGCAAAUGGCCAUGCAGAUGUCAUUCGAUAUCUGAUGAGAAAGAACAGCCAGCCGAACCUCGCUGACAGCUUCAAGAGAACGGCACUGAUGAAGGCAGUACAGCAGGAGCAGGAAGAAUGUGUUGCUGUUCUGCUGGAACAUGGUGCCGACCCGAAUCUGGCAGAUGCUGACGGCAACACUGCCCUUCACCUGGCUGUGCUGUCUAAAAAUACAGCUGUAGCAGGGCUGUUACUCCAGCAUAAUGCCAAGAGUGAUGCUCAGAACCAGUGGGGAUUUACCCCCUUAAAACUUGCAGCCUUCCUCCAGCAUGAGGAGAUUCUGCAGUGCCUUCUGACCAAAGCAGCUGACAGGCAUGCUCAAGCCGAGCCUGAGAGGUGAGGGGUUUGUCAAACCAGCACACAGGUCUUCUCAGUAGUCUGAAAGUGGGACUGAGAGGAGGGGCAUGGCAAUGGGCUUGGGAAAAGAAGGAGGAGCCACGUGGAAGCUGUUCCCUGUGUGACUGGUAAAAGCAGGUCUGCACUUGGCUGCUCUCAUAGCUUAGGGGCUCGUCCUUUGCCCUGUGAGGUCUGCAAGAAAGCCUUGUCUGUGGUGCCCUCUCCCCACACAGCCCCAGAGCCAGCGGGACA